AUGUCACAGAGACCCAGAUCAGACAAAGUCACAGAGAUCCAGAUCAGACAAACUCACAGAGACCCCGAUCAGACAAUGUCACAGAGACCCGGAUCAGACAAAGUCACAGAGAUCCAGAUGAGACAAAGUCACAGAGACCCAGAUCAGACAAAAGUCACAGACACCCAGAUCAGACAAAGUCACAGACACCCAGAUCAGACAAAGCCACAGAGACCCAGAUCAGACAAAGUCACAGAGACCCAGAUCAGACAAAGUCACAGAGAUCCAGAUGAGCCAAAGUCACAGAGACCCAGAUCAGACAAAGCCACAGAGACCCAGAUCAGACAAAGUCACAGAGACCCAGAUCAGACAAAGUCACAGAGACCCAGAUCACAGAGACCCAGAUCAGACAAAGUCACAGAGAUCCAGAUGAGACAAAGUCACAGAGACCCAGAUUUCACAAAGCCACAGAGACCCAGAUCAGACAAUGUCACAGAGACCCAGAUCAGACAAAGUCACAGAGACCCAGAUCAGACAAAGUCACAGAGACCCAGAUCAGACAAACUCACAGAGACCCCGAUCAGACAAUGUCACAGAGACCCAGAUCAGACAAUGUCACAGAGACCCAGAUCAGACAAAGUCACAGAGACCCAGAUCAGACAAAGUCACAGAGACCCAGAUCAGACAAAGCCACAGAGACCCAGAUCAGACAAAGUCACAGAGACCCAGAUCAGACAAAGUCACAGAGACCCAGAUCAGACAAAGUCACAGAGAUCCAGAUCAGACAAACUCACAGAGACCCCGAUCAGACAAUGUCACAGAGACCCAGAUCAGACAAUGUCACAGAGACCCGGAUCAGACAAAAGUCACAGACACCAAGAUAAGACAAAGUCACAGACACCCAGAUCAGACAAAGUCACAGAGACCCAGAUCAGACAAAGUCACAGAGACCCAGAUCAGACAAAGUCACAGAGAUCCAGAUCAGACAAAGUCACAGAGAUUCAGAUGAGACAAUGUCACAGAGACCCAGAUCAGACAAAGUCACAGAGACCCAGAUCAGACAAAGUCACAAAGACCCAGAUCAGACAAAGUCACAGAGACCCAGAUCAGACAAAGUCACAGAGAUCCAGAUCAGACAAAGUCACAGAGACCCAGAUCAGACAAAGUCACAGAGACCCAGAUCAGACAAAGUCACAGAGACCCAGAUCAGACAAUGUCACAGAGACCCAGAUCAGACAAAGUCAACGAGACCCAGAUCAGACAAAGUCACAGAGACCCAGAUCAGACAAAGUCACAGAGACCCAGAUCAGACAAAGUCACAGAGACCCAGAUCAGACAAAGCCACAGAGACCCAGAUCAGACAAAGUCACAGAGACCCAGAUCAGACAAUGUCACAGAGACCCAGAUCAGACAAAGUCACAGAGACCCAGAUCAGACAAAGUCACAGAGACCCAGAUCAGACAAAGUCACAGAGAUCCAGAUCAGACAAAGUCACAGAGACCCAGAUCAGACAAAGUCACAGAGACCCAGAUCAGACAAUGUCACAGAGAUCCAGAUCAGACAGUCACAGAGAUCCAUAUCUGA